AUGGAAGUGUAUACUGAAGCGUUAGCUGAGAAUUCAGCGAUAAUUUCCACAACGAACAGUUCAACGAAGCCACCGUCACUCGAGCAACAACCUCAAAUCAAACAAGUGCGCAGACUAUUGUUAAUUUUCAUUGGAAUCGAUCUCGUUCUUUGUUUGGCUAAUUUUCUUUUUGUCAUACAUUCAUAUGCCGCAACUUUAAUUAUCGUCCUACUUAUGUACUAUGGCUUUGGACAACUUGUUAC